CGGGCUUCAGCCGAGCGGGUCAACAUGAGUCGUUUUCCUCCUUCACUCGCGGGAAGCUUACACCUGACGCAUCACCGUUUCGCCCUGUGGAAGUGAUCUACCUCCUUCACGUCGACUCUCUGGCUUGUUUUGCAGUGUACGAAGCGAGUGUAUGGACCCAGGUGAUGAUCCAUGAUGAUGCUCACUGAAGGGUCUCUCUGAGCUGAAACCCACCAUCGUAGGACCCUGUGGAUGAAGAGGAGGCAGUGGAUCUGCUCGUGGACGCUGAGACCAUGGUGAAAGCUCAGCGGAGCCAGCCUGUGAAAUGCAGGAAGCCCCCAAAGGAGAAAGCAAGCAAGGUGAAAGGAGGUGGUGUGAAAAAAAAGAAAGAGAGAAAGGAGGAGUUGAGAGGAAGGAAGAGGAAGGAUAAGAAAGAGUCACAUCGACAUAGAAAUAAGACACUGGCAGUGGGUGAUGGAGAAGCACUGGACUGUUGCGUCCUGCUCACCCGUCUGGAGGAGAAAGGAGUUGCGGGUAAAGAAAAGGAUGCACCAAAAACAGGGAAACAGAAGAGUGUUAAAGUCAAAAAGAAGCUGCACUCCAGCUCCAUUCAAAGACGGACCAAAUCUGGACUUAAGAAAACUUCCACAGCCAAUCAGCAAGCACUGGAACCAAAAAUCAACCAAUCGGACGCCUUAUUCAUGUUGCCCGCACCAGUCUUUGAGCCCCGCAGGCGGAGAAUAGCAUCUCUCAAUGCUGAGGCUGUCAACAGCUUGCUGCUCUACAGAGACGAUUCUCUCACAUCCAAUUUCACAAAGAAACGGCAGCCGUCAAAUGAAGAUCCAGCGAAAGAUAGUCUCAUUAAAAUGGAACAUAGAGGUCAUAAUACCAAAAAGGUUCCUUCAGGAGGAAAAGUGGGCCCCAAAGAAAGACGUAAAAAGCAGAAGCGAUCAGCAGCGGAGGCUCAGAACAUUGACUGGUUGGCUUUGUUUGCACCAACGCCUCGGCGUCAGGCCGGCCUCACUGCUGCAACGCUGCUCAAACUCACCAGUGCUGCGUAUGGAACCAAACGGCAAAAAAAGAUGGAGUCCAAGCCGGGCAGUGGAAGUGAAGCAGCAGCUACUCAGGAUGAGAUUAACGGUAAGCCAGUGUGUGGAGGAUCAACGCUGACCAAAAGAACAACACAUCCCAAACAUGAGGACCAACUAAAGCACAGAAAACAGGGUACAGAUGAUCCGGUUCAUUCCCAGCUGGGCUCUGCCAUCCAGGGAUGCUGUAGUUUGUGUAAAAGCAAGGCUUUGGAUCCAGAGUGGAAAGGCAGCACAGGAGGGGAGGAGUGUCUCAAGCAUGCGCUCCAUUGUGGCUCUUCGCUGGGAUUCUCCUUGAAAACAAUCAAAGAGGAGCAGGUGGAAGCCGAGGUGUCUUCCUGCUACUGCUGCUCCCAGGAGAGAUGUGUCGAGUACUGUCACAGACUGGCCCUCUUCCUGGAGGACAAGACCUUCAAGGAACCAGAGGACGGCUCGCUGUCCGAGGUGUUCCACCACCAUCAUCACCACCACCAUCAUCAUCACCACCAUCUUCAGUCCCCCCACUCCAUAGGCCACCCAGCAGCCAUAACCAUCAGCCCGCACACGUACACCUGUUUUCCUGGGUACUACGUCCACUUCAGCCACCCAGACAACUCCCCCUCUCCCAUAUCCCCCCUCACUUUAUGCCCAAGAAGUGGCAAAAGACCCAAGCUGCUCCCCAGCACUGGUUCACAGCCCUCAGGGAUUACCCAUCCAGUGUACUGCUGCACCUCAGUGGAGGCGUGCUACGGAGAGCCCUGCAGGAUCAACGGCUACUCCUCCUAUACCAGUGUGAUUCCAGCCAUCUCCAGGGGAGGGUGCUCCUUCAGCCCCACAGACUGCACCAAAUGUAACCACGGCAUCAAAAGAGACGACUACCCAUCAACCCUCAAUGACCAUCACAGUCCCUCCUCCGUCCCCAUCUGUCCCAGCCCCAGAAUCCUCACUGGCUGCCCCAUUCCCACUGUGCCUCCAGCCGGCCAAUCAGUGCCCCACAUUCAGACUCCGCUGUCCGACCCCAGCCAACCGCAGCCUCCGCUGCAGGUGGCGAAGGAGUGUCCGCAGAGUGCCAAGUCGCCCAGCGGGUCGAGGUCUGGCGCGCGCGGCACCGGCAGCAUCAGCUCGGCUGUCUGCCCUCUCAACAGGGACAAGAAACAGAAGCUUGGCUCUGCCAGCGUUGGAGAGCGAACGGUUGCCAAGCAGCCGAAGAACGGCCGCCAAAAAACCACCAACGGCUGGCAGCCAGUUGGCCUGCCCUUUCAGAAGGAGGUUUUCUCAGUGGGAGAGGAGCCUCUGGUGCUGAGGAAGUGUUUCGAGGGAGUCCAGAGGGACGGGGAGCUGAUCCGGGUCAGAGACACUGUUCUGCUGAAAUCUGGACCUAGGAAGAAGUCUCUGCCUUACGUGGCCAAGAUCUCAGCUCUGUGGCAAGAGCCAGAGUCAGGAGAGCUGAUGAUGAGUUUGUUUUGGUACUACCGUCCAGAACACACACAGGGGGGACGCAACCCCAGUGUACAUUGUGAGAAUGAGAUCUUCGCAUCUCGUCACCAGGAUGUGAACAGUGUGGCCUGUAUUGAAGACAAAUGCUAUGUCCUAACAUUGGCACAGUAUUGCCGAUUUUGUGCCUUGGUAAAACGCCGUAGGGAUCGCGUGCGUGACAGUGCCGCCUCCCUUGUGGUGCCACCCGUUGUUGGCAACGCCAUGCCCACCCACCACUGUGUGCCCGAUGACGUCGACCCAGAGCUGGUGUUUUUCUGUCGACACGUCUAUGACUUCCGCUACGGACGCCUCCUCAAGAACCUGCAGUAGCAUCUGACGGGGCAUGACACAUAGCGCUACGGGACGUGAGAUAACGUCACUCUGGUUCAUCCUCCACAACUUUAAUUAGCUACGAACCUACCUGCUGCCUGUGUGAGAGGAACUGGAAGUUUAGGAUGAAGGAUUGAGAGAUGAGCUUACUUUAUUUUGAAAUCUCUUGUUCAUGCUUACAUGCCAUGCAUUUAUUUAGUAUAAGUAUGGUCUGACAUAUUGUAUCAGAGUUUAUAUGGCAGUGUUUAUCAUACUGUUUAUCAUGGCUCUCUGGUGUGUCGUAGCAGCUGUGUGAAGAACCUGAACUUACUCUGCUGUAGAAAAUGCUACUGUAGCUCUUAGAAAUGUGACAUUUGAUAGAUAUGAAGAGAAGUUGAUGUUACAUGUGAAUUACUGUCUGCCUGACAGAUAUCAGACACACAGUGUGUCUCAAUGAUACGCCAUAGCUAAAGAAAAUUUGAGGCAUAUCGUGCCGCGUUGGUCCCCGAGAAGAGACAAGGAACAAAGAGGUUUCAGAGUGUCUGAAGAUUUAAUCACAUUUGUCGCCAGAUCUCUCUGUAAUUUGCAGUUGCUUGAUGUCCAGCUGAAUGUAGAAUCAUUUCUACAAAGCACUGCAUGCAGAAGUCUUACAGAAAAGCUCUAGUGUGGACAUCUGUGUUCAAGAUGUUAGGGGAAAUUUGCUUUUUUGCUUACAUGAGAAGUUGGAUGCCACCCUUUUGUCUGCGCGGUAAUAACGAAGCCACUGCCAGGCAGCUGUUAGCUUAGCUUAGCAUAAAGACUGGAAACAAGUGGGAAGGAUUUCCCCAGACUAGCUGUUUUCUCUGGUUGUGGACAGAGCUAUGCUAACUGCUUCAAGUCUUUGUGCUAAGCUAAGUUAACUGGCUGCUGUAUGUAGUAAACUCUGAACACAGCUGUGAGGAAAGCUCUUGAUCAGAAGGUCUGAUUAAAUCAAUUUAACUUUAUUACCACUGGUCGAGUACAUGCACAGCAAAGACCGAAAUGCAGACUUUUGUGGCUACAUCUCUCGUGAGUUUCUGAGAGAAUUCUAGGUUUUAUGUCAUAUCUGUAACUUUGAAAUUAACCUCAGCUGGGAUUUUCACGACUUAGACCUGACCUGCACUCUACAAAGAAAGCACAGUUCAGUUUAUUUGAUUUCGCAGUGUGAAGAUGUCCAAUGAGCCGAGAAUUGAGGAGAUUUUUUGUUAUGCCAUUGCUCCGGAAUAUUUUGUUUUCUCAAAGCUGUUUGCCAGAGGUGUGGUUUGACAUCCGGUGUCAGCUAACUGUAUAUUUGCAUUUAUAUAUCUGGAUGAGUGUCUGUUCAUGGCAGAUGGCAUCAGUUAGUCACCUAUAUUCUUGUUUGUUCACCGAUGAGAUGGUGAGUAAUGUAUUCAGUGUAGCAUUUAGAUCUGUGAUGAUGAUUCAUUCCUAUGUUUGAGAGAAGAUAUGUAUUUAUUUCUGUACUGAGAAAGUAUAAUUUAUUUUCAAAAGAUAAUUUUAAAGAAUAGAGUUUUAGAUGAGUGGCUUUCAUUCCUUAUUAGAGAGGAGGUCGCGGCUGUCUCUCCGUCUUAGCUGCACUGUCUACGAUAAAAAGUGUGUGAGUCAUUUGCGAUAGUAUUUUCUGUGACAGAUACAAACCUAUUAAAUGUUGUGUUAGGAUGUUGAAGUCCUCAUGGCAGAUUUGAGGACACAUUUGGAGUAUUUGGAAGGAUCUUCGAUACAGUUUGAAGGACACCUGCUAACAUGUGACCAGAGAUACUUAACCUGCAGGACCAAACGUACCUUUGCCUCUCCCAGCUUCCCGUAAUUCUCCUUUCACUUCUCCUCAUUAUCAAAGCUUUGCCUCUUCACCUUUAAAUGCAGAAUUUUACAAUGAUUUAAACGUACCUUGCCAUUAGCCUGUGCCCUUGAUGUUGCUGCCUUAGAGAACAUUCCCAGCCUUUCAUUUAGAAACAUGUACCGAUAUCAGCCUGGGGUAAAGAAGCUUUUUAGUGUGCUGAUCUUGAUUCCUAGAUGCUUGAGAUGCAUCGCCGGUCCACUGCAUUCAUGUGAUCGCAUGAGAUCUGAAAGGCUAAAUCCUGGUCCGCGACACCUUUUCUUAGACAAAAGUCUGCCCAAGUUUGAGUCAAAUUCCAAGUGAUCUGUAGUAUCAGACACUCAACAUUUUGGGAAAUCAUCUUAUUUGCUUGCUUGUCGAGAGAAAAACAAGAUUGAUACUACUCUACCUGUAUGCUAAAUAUGAAGCUGGCACCCAUUUAUCCUAGCUUAGCAUAAAGACUGCAGGGGGAAACCUGGCUCUGUCAGAAAAAGCAACAAAAUCCACCUUCCAGCACCUGUGAAGCUCACUAAUUAACAUGUCUGUAACAAUGGAAAUGUAAAAAUGAUAAUUUGCUGAUAGCUGUUUGUCCCCGUUUCCAGUCUUUAUAUUAGUCUACUAACCAUCUGCUGGCUGUAGCUUCAUAUUUGGCAUAUGAGUGUGACACCGAUUUCCCAAAAUAUUGAACAAUUUCUUAAAGUUUGUAGUUUUGUACCUCUUAAGAACAGCGGCUGCUGUUAGCUUGGAUUCUGUCAGUUACAAUGACUUUCAGUCGUGUUCAUGGGGAAGAAAAAGUAUCAAAAUUUCCACAGAAACUUUUGCAAACCCCCUCUUCAUCAUAAUCCUUCUCUCAACUGUCCCAUCUGUACACUCAUUAUGUUCCAAACUAUCACAUUUGGCCAAAAUACAGCUAAAGACUGCUUCCUGGCAGUGCUUUAAGGAGGUUGAUAGCGAAGCAGAGUUGGUGUAUGUAGCCUUAUUUUGGUCAAGUGAUGAGAUAUGGAAAAUACUACAGAUUUGGAUGGACGGUGAACAAACUGAUAAUGCUGUAAGAGUGUUAGAGACAUUUCAAGUCUUUUAAUCCACUUUGAAACUUGUCAUUAUUCGAAUCCUUUGUAACUGACAUGUUUUAAGAUGACCACAAGCGCAGCCACUUUACAAGCACAGGAUGUGAGUAUGUGAUAGUCAAAGGAUUGAUUUUAGGUGGAAUAUCACUUGAAAAUGUCCACAUCCUGCCUGUCCGUGCAUUACUCCCUGUACAAAAGGUGGGGUAGAUUAAUUUUAUGUGUUCAUUUACAAAAAUUGAAUUUGCUAUAAUUAAUUAAUGGAUUAAUUUGACUUUCAAAAAAAUCAUUUGAGCUAAAAUGGAAAGAGUCGACUCGACCGUUUCUUUCUCAGUAAACCAAAGGUUAUCAGUCUGUGCCAAACCUAUAGCGGACUGUCUUCACUGACUGACACAUUUUAUUGAAUAUUGAUGGAUGGAGGAUGUACAGCAGUAAAGCCCACACAGCACAAUACAACAAGUCAGAAUUGGUUCUGCAAUUUAAAAUCCCCCGUGGGUGUUCUGGAUCAGAAUUAGAAACCGCACACAGUACAUAUUAUGGCCUUAGGAAUCACUCAGCAAACUAAUUAUGUUUAAUCAAGAUGUGUGAUAUUUAUGUCUUAAUUGGUCCUCUGUGCCUGUUCCGAAUUAACCCGUAUAUAUUCCAAGCGUUUUCCAUGAAGAGAAGGACAAGCAGUUACUGUUGUUUUUACCCACCUUCCAAAUGCCUUUCAUUUUUGUCAGAUGACGCUGGUCUGAUCUUGAAUCACCACAAAGAAGUGUUUGCACCAAAAAGAGAGAGAGGAGAAGGUAUUGAAACAUGAAUUUAAUUUCAUCCCCAGGUGUACAAAAACCUUAACUUUGGUUCUUCUGAUGUGAAUUUAUGUUCUUAUUCUUUGCAUGGCGUUUUGGAAAUGUCUUGGAAAUAUUAAUCACAGCACAGAUUAUUUGUAUGGUUUCAAAUGGACCUCUGUAAUAUAAGAAAAUAUUUAAUUGUAAUAAAUAAUAUAUGAGUUUGAA